AUGGAUCGCCCAUCGAAGAAAUCGCCGACCCCUAGCCCUCGCACCCUGUCAGUAGGAAGAUGCUAUACACAAACAGCGACGGACAGGUUUGGCAAUGAAGCCAAGGGCGCGAUCCGGGAUCGAGAGCGAACUUCACUGGGGAUGGAGCCAGAGGGCCUUGAAUCGCCAUUUGCUUGGCCAUCCACCCAGCAAACUUUUCUUCCGGGUCUCGAGGAAGACAGGCGCCGUCCCAAAGACUCGAUAUAUCGGCUCGUCCCAAGCAUGCAGAACUAUCGAAACAAUUUGACGGCAUUAUCGCAAGCUCACAAUCUCUACUUUGUCGCAUAUCAAGGUCAUAUAUUCGCCUACACUCCUCGAAGCAUUCCGAAACAAACGAUUCCCCGAGACCCCGACCUCCAAAUUUACCCUAGGCCAAGUAAAGAAGCUCUUUCUAUUGGUGGUUAUAUCGAUCCUGAUACUCCGCAUAUCAUCAAUCACAUUAUUACGGGCUACCUCGGGAGAGAAGAGAUUCUAGUCGCUUGCUACGAUGAUGGAGAUGUGGUUGCGUACUAUGUCAAGGAGAUUGCAGAUUCAAUUUCCAGAACCAAGAGAAGCGCUGGGAAAGCGCACGCCCAUCGUCAGCCGAGACGCUUCUUUCAGGAGAAUGUCGGCCAUACGGCUUGGGGGCUGGCCAUCCAUCGCAAGUCUCGCCUUAUAGCUGUGAGCUCGAAUCGAUACGAGGUGACGGUUUUUGCUUUUGCCCUCACCACAUGUCAGAAGAAAUCAAAAAGAAUACGAGAAUUCUGCGAUUGCUGCCAGAGCAGCGGCAAUACCCAAUCAAGUAUUCCUAGGAGGGCACGCAACUGGAGGAUCGUGGUGGCUUUUGGGGCUGAAGCGUCCAACAUCCCCAACAUCUGCUUCGCCGAUAGCGAGGACGGCCAGGCUGAGAAGAUAUGCGCAGUAGAUAUCAAUGGGGUCAUCUGGAUAGCAGAUAUAUGGAGAAUUUCCCAGCCUGUAGUCCAGAUUCCGCCAUCUAAACAUCUUAUACUGCAGAGUGAAGAAUUCUGGCCAGCACCAUCACGGGGAUGGGGUGUACUGGCUCUUUCUGAAGAAUCCUUUGUGCCAGUCAACACUCUCGAGGAGAUGCUUGGGUUACCCGAGGAGGCGCUCAGCAUCUUCCAGCCGGGAUCGGGAUGCUUGCAGCCGAUGGUGAAUGUGGCAGAAUGCCUCGCAGCCAUCCCGGACAACCCAUGCCCUCCUCCCAUGCUUGGAGCCAGGGCGGGUCAGUUUUUCCCCAACGUUCUGAACAUGUUUCAUAACCAAUCUUUACAAUCUCUCGUAGGCGAUGCCAUUGCUCCCAAUCUCAUGGGCGAGCACAGCGACGAAAGUGAGGUCGAACAAGAAGAGCUAGAAAAUGACAGCGACGAGUCGGAUGAGGAGGAUGAGGAGGAUGAAGAGGAUAGCGGCGAGAUGGGCCAGGAAACCGAAGCAGAAGAUGCCCAACAAGAUAUUGCCGCCCAAGGAAUUCCUGAAAUCGUUGCCGCAGACCACGGCGGCAGCGCAGUGCUCUUUCCACAUCCACCGGCAGGACUGCAGUUCCAACAAGACCAAGCGCUACACGAUAUAGAUGAAAUACUCGGACAGCUUGCGUACGCUGUACAGGAAUUCCAAGAAGCUAUCUCUUCCCCGGACACUCCUGAACCGGCAUUGACCCAGGCAAAGGAUUCACCGAUGGAUCAAGACACUGUCAUGUCAGUGGAUGAAAGGCGAAAGAGUUCCAAUGUCACGACUUUGAGACGGCGCAGUCAUAACCGACUUAGUACACCUCCUACUCGACUCGACAUGGCAUUUUUUCCUCAUAGCGGGAUGAUUCAAGUCAUCCCUAGACACCCAACACAGCUUGUUGAAUUCUUAAGGAGGAAGAUUGAGUUCAAUGAAAACAAGGAAGAUGACAACAAGGACCCAGCAGCGGAAGACCGCCUCAAAAGAUUUACCAAGCGAUACCAUUUUAUUCGAACAUUGGAAAAGGACCUGGAGCUCAGGAGUCUUCGAGAAGAGCAUGACACACGCUCAAAAGAAAUUGGGGUUCUGUGCCCCGACGCCGUCACGUUUAGUUGGUUUCAGGAACGAAGCAUAAGACCCUAUUUCCGCGCAACCAGCCGCUUGAGCAUGGUCUUUCACAUCCCUGAGCUCUCUCUCGUUGUAGUGGGGUCGCCUACUGGGCGGGUUCUUUGUGUUACUCCGACGAAACUCAGGUCUCCUGUUGCGUCGAAGACAUCGGGGAUGUGGCAUCAUGGGCUUCGGGUAGAAUGCAUUCUGCCUCGAUCAUCAGAAGAGGAGGCAUGCCGACCAGUGUUACGACCAUUGCACGGGCUUGCGGUUGGGCCUGUACAGGACGACGACCGUAUGUAUGGCGACAGAACGAGCCGGGCAACGGCACCAAAGCGGUAUAGAUUAAUGCUGCAUUAUCGGAAUCACGAUAUCCUUACGUACGAAGUGACGAGGAAAGAACAAACUGGGAGACUUUGCAUCUUUUGA